AUGCCGGAGCAAAAAGCUGUCAGACGAGCCAAAAUUUUAUUUGAUCAUCCGACAUCAUCGUCCCUAUCAGCGUUGAUAAAGGCGACGUCCAGCGUUUAUUCCAACGAGAUUAAAAACACUAACCGGACGAAAAGACACGUCGGGCCGAAGUUUCGCGAGUUUAAAGGGUACGGCCGGUGGUCGGCGUACGAAGGCUUCAAGAUUGCUCGUAAACCGUCGCGCGAGGUGCGCAGGAGCGGCAGAGCUGCGGAAAUAGGGGCUGCCGGUGUAAUGCAGCGGGUGGGCGCAGCCGGGGGGCCCGGGCCCAUCGGCUUUCAGGGCCCUCCGAGAUCGCUGAAAAUUUCACCGGUCAACAUACAGGACGAGCCGGCCGACCCCACGCAGAAAGGCAGGAGCUCGCUCUGCGUUGGCUGCGGUGGUCGAAUUCACGACCAGUGGAUUCUGAGGGUAGCGCCUAAUCUCGAAUGGCACGCGGCGUGUUUAAAGUGUGCCGAGUGUCAACAGUUUCUGGACGAGAAAUGCACCUGUUUCGUGCGGGACGGCAAAACUUACUGCAAGCGCGAUUACGUUAGGUUGUUUGGCACAAAGUGCGACAAGUGUAGCCAGUGUUUUAGCAAAAAUGACUAUGUGAUGAGAGCGAAAACUAAGAUCUAUCACGUGGAGUGCUUUCGUUGUUGCGCCUGCUCGAGGCGGCUCGAGACUGGCGACGAGUUCGCUCUGAGGCAGGACGGCCUCUUCUGUCGACUCGAUCACGAUGUUCUCGAGGGCGGGAAGCAUUGCACUGGAGGUGUUGGUAUACCCGGAAGCGAGAAUAACAAUAACGCCUCCUUGACGAACAACAAUCAUCAUCUGCAUCCAAACGACGGCUCGAUGUCAGAUUCCGGAUCUGAGAGCGGAUCGCAUAAGGCGGGCGUCGGUGGCGUUCGCGGUUCCGGUGGCCACAAAAGUGGCGGCGGUUCCGACGGAAAACCAACAAGGGUGCGCACAGUUCUCAACGAGAAGCAGUUACACACCCUGAGAACCUGCUACGCGGCAAACCCUCGACCGGACGCCCUGAUGAAGGAACAACUCGUCGAAAUGACGGGGCUGAGUCCACGCGUGAUCAGGGUGUGGUUUCAAAACAAACGAUGUAAAGACAAGAAGAAGACGAUCGCUAUGAAGCAGCAAAUGCAAGAGAAGGACGGGCGUAAAUUGGGCUUCGGUGGCAUGCAUGGCAUACCCAUGGUUGCCAGCAGCCCCGUGAGACAUGAGAGUCCUAUCGGCAUGACGCCUCUGGAAGUUCAAGCUUAUCAGCCACCGUGGAAAGCGCUUUCGGAGUUUGCCCUUCAUACAGACUUGGAACGACUGGAUCCUAAUGCACCGUCGUUCCACCAUUUGGUGUCUCAGAUGCACGGCUAUGACUUGCAUGGGGGACCACCACCGCAGUUGGCACCCCCGCCAGGGAUGCUUGGCGGACCCAUGAGCGACGGUGGAGGUGGACCGUUACCUCCCCCGGGGCCUCAUCAUCCAGGUGGUGGCGGGCCGGACAUGAGCCAGCAUCCUGACAGCACCGACAGCUACGUGACCUACGUCGAGAGUGACAGUGACUCGUUUCACCACGAUACGGGAAGUCCAUAGUGUCGUGCGAGGCAUGAACGUAAAAUUACCACGCCCUCGUCGUCCUUCGCUUUCGUAGCGACUCUCGUCGUGGUGCUCGUCAUAACGGUGAGAUGCUUGCAACGACGGAUAUGAAGCGGCCACGGAACCAGGGAACAUCGUGAUACAUACGGAUAUAAGAGGAACAAUUCAGAUACCAAAGGAUGCAUCGAUCUUUCGACGAUAAUUAAAUAAGAGUCGUAUCGCACUACUACCAAGUGGCUCGGAAACGACAAGUGAUGAAUGCACUGAAAACGAAACGAGCGGCGAAGGAAAGGAGGGGCAAUGUCGCUGUCUUGGACGUACAUGAAUAAUGUAUUUUUAUUUCAAAUCUAAGAUAAUUUCUUCGAAAUGACACAAAGGAGGUUUGCAGAAAUAACCAUCUAAUCAUUGAACGUACAAAAAUUUUAAGAAACUUGAACAUCCUGUAUAUUAUCAGCUUAUUGAUAUAAAACCGAUUCUGGCCAGAUCGAGCAUUAUGUUAUUUUGAUCCCCGCCAUUUUAACUUUUAAUAAAUGUGACAAUGGAAAUUCGCUGCCUACGUAAAAUUGUAAUAUCAAUUUCGCUGGAGAUUUGUAAACGGCUUGUGUGUCGUUAACUGCCUGUAUAUACUAGAAGGAGAUGCGAUUCGGUAUCCAGUACUGGAAAUACAAUGUACAUAGUUGCUACUCGCUGUAAAUCUAAGCAAUGUUACAUCAUGAUGUACUCAGGCGCAAGUUGUAGCGUAGAAAACAAAUAAUGGAAUAUAUAUACUGAUACAUAUAGGCACACUGAAUUUACAUUGACAAUUGUAUUAUUCCAGUUAUGUUUAUAAGUUUCGUAACGGCAGAGAUAUACUCGCGAAAGGAUUACAAAUGCCAUACAAUGUUUUAUUUAACCAUCUUCGGCGAGAAAAUUGCCGUUAUGUCGUUAAUAUUCUGCGUUAUAUCUCAAGUUUGUAUAAAAGGCGAUUUGUACGACACACGUCUUGACUUGUUAAGAAAUGGAUUACGCUUAGUUACCGAAGAAGCACAAGGGAGCGGUGCUCCUUCGUUUAUAUUGGAUAUAAGAAAAUUACAAAUUAAUGGAUCGUGCAAUCGAUACCACUUAGCAAGAAACGGGACAAAAGAAAAUUUAGGAAAGAGUUAAUAAGAAUUAAUUAAUGUUUUUAA